UAGGUUAUAUUACAAACGUGUGUCUGUCGAUUUUUGAGCAUACCAAGGCGAAAAUUAAACAAAUAUAAUAAUCAAAAUGUGCAAAGUGCUGUGUCAGUGAAUUUAAGCAAAUAAAAACCAAACAGUGUGCGUGUAAAAUGCUUCAGGAAGUGUAACUUAUCGGAAAUGCAAUUGUAAGGCAAGCACAUUUUUUGAACGAGUCGUCAAGGGAAUCGCAAAAAUAGUUUACGGCAGCCAUUAGUCGGUUAGCAGAGACAAAGAUUUUCCCGUUGCGUGUGUGCUGGUUUGAUACAUCGUGCGCUCCCCCGCCGCCCGUUGCGCCGAUCAUCGUAUCUGUAAGUGCAUGUGGAAAGCAGUGCGCGUAUAAAUCCUGCACGAUUAUAUUUCUCUUGCCUUGUUUAUCGUACCUUUCUCGUUACAUAGUAAUAAUUGCAUGCCAUUAGCUGUAAUGGUGUUUGUGUGUUGCUGGCGAUAACACGCGUAUCAUUUUUCCUUACCGAUUCGUGGGCAAUUUAGCGCUCAAGUCAAAGUAAAAUCAAAAUUCGUCCAAAUCAAGCAUUAAUUUAUUUUGUGUAAGGUGGACAUUAAACGUAUAAAUAAUAUUUUAAUAAUAUUUACAUUUCGCUAUAAACCAACUGCGAAUGCAACCCUGCGUCGUGCAUUGAGAAACGUCAAUAAGCAGGCGUCGACUCUCCGAUUAUCUGCUGUUUCGCUUUUGUGUUGUUUUUUUGUCAUUUUUGUUUGUAUUUCGUCGCACUCCUCAACACGCUUUUCAGAAAGUUAUCCAACAAGUCACCAACAGUCCAUCCAAUCAGUCAUCCAUCCAAUUUGAAAUACUUUUAUGACCGUUUCUUCGUGUGUGCCCGCAGCUCGUCAACCCACACACAGCUACAGCUGUUCGACGUUUUUGUGUGUGUUUUUUUGUGUUUGCUGUUUGGAAGCAUUAAUAUAGCGAUAUAUUGGCACACGCGUUUACUCGUAUCUUAGUGCUUAUGCAAAAAUUGCAAAAAUAUUAAAAAUAAAAAAAUACAUAAUUAAAAUACAGAUUGCUUUGUGAAAAUGGUGCGAAGAAAUUGCUAAAUUAUUUUAAUAGCAGUGUCACACUAAAGUGAAACGAUUUGAAAAGUUGCAACCGCCUCCUCACCCCAUACAAAAUUGUGCUCCCUUUGUAGCGUUAUUUCGGUAUUAUUAAAAAAUAUGUGAAUAAGUGAAAAUAAAGGAACCGGAAAGUAGUAAAAUAAAUAUUUGUAAGAUAAGAAAUUCACUCGCUGUCCGCACUAUCUCACUUUCUUUUUCUAAUGUCUUUUCGUUGUUAAUUUCUAUGCAUUCGGUUCGCUGGAAACGUGUUGGUUUGGUGGAGGCGGCCUACAUUCGUGUUGAUAUCAAAUAUAUUGUCUAGAUAUACAUAAGUACAUAUGGACGUGCUAUCAGAGUGAAUUAAACUUUCAAAUGUCGCUAAUAUUAAAAAAAAUUUCAAAAAAUUUGUAAAAUAAUUUGGCAUGCGCUUAAACACACCUACAAACAUAAGUUGAUACGAAAACAAUAAAAAUUAUGCAUAUAUUAUAGGUGUUUGUAAAUAAAAGGGCAAACCAUUGUGGCCUAUAGAUCGAUAUAACCCCGCUCCGCUGUCCAAAAAAAAAAAAACUACGUGCGUUUCCUUUGCGGUCCCGUCCUCAACGUUUUAAAACUUAUUACCUAUAAAAGCAGUAAAACACCAGUUUAAAGAAAAAAAAAAAUAAAACUGUGUGUCAAACCUAAUUGAUCUUCAAAAUCAAUUAAUUAAAAAUAUUAAGUGCAUAGUUCAAAAGUUUUAAGCUAAGCAAUUUAUGGCAUAUAAUGAAAAGUUAAUUUCUGUCUAUAUUGUAAGCAGAAAAUAAUCGUUAAGUUUCGAAAAAUAGUAGUGAAGUGUAAAAAAUAAAUAUUUGAAGUGAUUUAAAGUGCUAAUUUUAUAAUCAAUUUGUCAUUCCGUCAGUGGUUAUCAAUUAAGCCGUUAGUGCACGUGAUCCAAUGAUGCACUACUCAAUGGAGCGGAGUCUAUCAGCUGGUGGGGCUGAUUCCUCCAUGCACAACAACACCACCAACAAUACCACUUCAACAACAACACUCGCGAUGUCAGCUACGAAGAACACAAAAGACGGCGUGACAAUGCGCGAGAAGAAGGGCGGCGCAUUGCAGAAGCUCAAAAAGAGGCUAUCGCACAGUUUUGGCAGAUUAACGAUAUCACGCGAGGAUGGCGAAGAUUCACAUCAUCAUCAUCAUCACCACCACCAUCAUCAUCACCAUCGUGGGGGGCAUGGACAUAAUCACGGUAAUAAAGUUCCAUACAAUGGUUAUAAUUCCGAAGAAUAUCUGGAUCGUCUGGAACCAAAUGGAAAUAUACCAGCCGACAAGUCUAACUGCAGAUAUGGAGCCCAAGAAACGGCAAUACAAGACAAAACACAAGAUAAAGACUGGCGUAGCACUGACAGCACCGACCACCACGAUCGCGUCCAACGGCAAUUGUCCGUAUCAUCCGAUAGCAAAUUGCUGGACGAUGACAUUCGAGAGGAGACGCGCGUUAUUAUGCGCCCGAAAAAGCCGCCCAGACCAAAAUCGGAGGUUUUUCUCAACAAGCAAGACCCGCACCCACGACGGAAACGGUUUAGUGCAUUUGGCGGCGACUCGCCAUUUGGAAAAUCGGAUGCCUACAUAAAACUGGAACCGCUCGGUGAGGGCUCAUAUGCCACAGUAUACAAGGGCUUCAGCAAUUUAACUCAUCAACGUGUUGCAUUAAAAGAAAUUAGACUGCAAGAGGAGGAAGGUGCCCCAUUCACCGCGAUACGUGAAGCCUCGCUGCUGAAAGAACUGAAACACUCAAACAUUGUGACGUUGCAUGACAUUGUGCACACACGGGAAACGCUGACGUUCGUUUUUGAAUAUGUGAAUACUGACUUAUCACAGUAUAUGGAAAAGCAUCCUGGCGGUCUGGAUCAUCGUAAUGUUCGCUUGUUUCUGUUUCAAUUGCUGCGUGGUCUCUCCUACUGCCAUAAGCGGCGCGUACUGCAUCGUGAUGUUAAGCCGCAAAAUUUAUUGAUAAGCGAUUGUGGUGAAUUGAAAUUGGCGGAUUUCGGUUUGGCGCGCGCUAAAAGUGUUCCCAGUCAUACGUAUUCGCAUGAAGUCGUUACGUUAUGGUACCGUCCACCAGAUGUUCUGCUCGGUAGCACUGAAUACUCGACAUCGCUGGACAUGUGGGGUGUCGGUUGUAUAUUCGUGGAAAUGGUCACUGGCAUGCCAACAUUCCCCGGCAUACGUGAUACAUAUGAUCAACUGGAUAAAAUAUUUAAAUUGCUCGGCACACCCACCGAGGAGACGUGGCCGGGUGUGACACAUUUUCCUGGUUAUAAACCGCAUAAGUUAGGUUUUUAUCGACCCCGUAAACUAGGUCACAACUUUCCUAGACUAUAUGAUAUCGUUGAUGGUGAGACGAUAGCGAAUGCCUUCCUGCAAUUAAAUCCAGAACAAAGAAUAGGAGCUGAAGAAGCGCUGCAACAUCCCUACUUUGCGCCGUUGCCGAGAAAACUUUACGAGUUGCCCGAUGAGACAUCAAUAUUUACCGUUGAGGGAGUGCACUUGUUUCCUGAACCGAACCGACAAAACAAAUGAAAAUUAAAGCAGGUCCUUUCGGUGGAUGGUGUACGUUUCUAUUGUUAGCAGCAGCAGCCAUAAAUAUUGUAAUUCUACUUUUUUACUGCAAACUUAAUUUUUUGUGCAACACUAUUUUCAACAAGAACACACAUUUCUUUAUUAUUAAUUUUAGUUCUAAUGCAAAAACAAAAAAAGUUACAACAACUACACAUGAUUAAUUAAGACAAACAAAAAAUAGUUAAAUAGCUGAGUAAAUUGUGUGAGAACACACGAAACCACAACGUACUAAGUAAAAGAACUAAAGUGACUAUGUAAAACAUGAAACCAAC